GAGUGGAGCAGCUCGAGUAUCUCCGUAUCUCCCCCUUCCCUUCGCGUAAAAGAAAAUCCCCCGUCUCGUCUCCUCCGCUCCUUGCGCCAUCUCGCGGCUGAACAGGGGAGGGGCGCCGAUCUCCGUCUGGCGCGCAGAGCAGGGGGAGGGGAUCCUGAUCUGGAAGAAGCUUCUUCUAUUGAUUUCAGAGCCUUAACCUUAAUACAAGAAACAGUUUGUUUGUUCCCCCAUGUCCCAAGUUGGAUCCGCCCCUGUCUGCCAGUUCAGUAGUUUUUGGUGGGAUUUUGAGGAUCUCACUAUGACUUCGAUUAGUAAGGGUAUUGGAUGAAGCUUGUACUGAUCUAUGGAGGUGGGUGGUCCACAAGAUGCUCUGGACAACAGAAGUGAUGAUAAUGACUUUGAUAAGAAUGACAAUUCUGAUCCUGUUGUUUACCAGUUAGUUCGGGUUGAAGGUGAUGGAACACUUAUUCCUGCUACGGAGGAUGAGGUCUUACAGUUUGAAACUUUCCUUCAUGAUGAGAAGGUUGAUGAUGAUCUGCCUUCUAUUGACGAUGUAACACAUGUGGAGGAAUAUUUUACUAAUGAUUGCAUAGUGAAGAAGCCUGAGUUUGAAGAGGGGCCUUCCAAAUUAGACACUGCAGAUGUACAGACACAAAAGUUAGAUGCUGGCUUAGAGGAAGACAGGUUAUGUACAUUGAAUGAUUCGAUAGUUCUUCCUUCAAAUUGUUCAGCUGUUCAUGACCAGCAGCUGGAUAAACUAAAUACAGAACAAGGGGCAAAUAUCAUUGCCCAACAGGACAAUGCUUCGACUGAGACUACAAAAUCAACAGUAUUAAAUGACCUUUCUUCUGAUAAAGAAAAGGCUGAUGCCUGCUCGAAACCUGUAAAUGAGGCAUCUGCAGGACAAUCUGUUUCUGGGGUUACUAGUUCAGUUCCUGAUUUUUCCAUUUUAAAGGGAGAAGUCUGCUUGGAUGAUCUUACAAUGAGAGAACUUCAGGAAGCAUUUAGAGCCACAUUUGGGCGUCAAACUACUGUCAAGGACAAGCUAUGGCUCAAAAGACGGAUUGCAAUGGGGUUGAUCAAUUCAUGUGAUGUUCCAAGUUCAGGUUGUGUUGUUAGGGAUUAUAAAGUUAUUGCCAUGGGUGCCAAACAAGAAAUACCAGUGGUUGAAGCAAUACCAAAGAUGGAACUUGAGGCUAAUUUGGUUAGGGACCAAGUAAUGAAUCCUGGACAUGAGAGAGAUUUACCAUCAAGUCUUUCCUAUCAUAGUGAGGAGCAACAGAGAUCGUCCAAGAGACUCAAAAGAGUACCAACAGAUAAUGAUGAACCACAAGUAACUAUUUUUGCCGAACAAGGAACUACUAAGAGAAUUAGAAAGCCAACAAAAAGAUACAUUGAGGAGCUCUCAGAUAUUGACACUCAUGAAUCCACUGGGAGACUUUCUUCACCUGGAAAAAGGCAUGUAUAUGAUGAGGUGUUAUUGAGACCACGGAUAGCGCCUUUGCAUGAGGUUGAUUCGUUGAGCACAGCCUAUCCUACUAGAGAAGAUACUCUUGGAGGGUGUAGUGUGCAUGUGCCUUAUGUUUCAAGGAUGAGAAGGGGGCGCCCUAGGAGUAACUUCAUUCCAUUUUUGGAUCCUGAGCCUUCUGUGGAAUGUACUGAGGCCCCUGCUGCAGAUGUAGUGAAUUUGGAAAAGGAAGGUGAACGGAAGAACCAUCAGAAGAACACUGGGAAGAAAGGAGUACAUGUAGAAACAUCUUGUGAAAAGGAUGUUCAGGGUCUGCAGGACAAGGAUUUUUGCGACUCUGAUGACAAUCCCAAAACAAAGCGGGGUGGGAAGCGGAAGCAUCAUCGAGCAUGGACAUUGUGUGAGGUUGUGAAGCUGGUCGAUGGUGUGGCCCGAUAUGGGGCUGGCAAAUGGUCCGAGAUUAGAAGACUAGCCUUCUCAUCAUAUUCGUACCGCACCUCGGUGGAUCUUAAGGACAAAUGGCGGAAUCUGAUCAGGGCCAGCCAGACACAACUUUCCACUGAAAACGAUGGUGUUUGUCCACGGAAGAGCAAUCCUUCUGCCAUACCGAUACCAGUGUCGAUUCUGCUACGAGUAAAAAAACUGGCUGAGAUGCAGUCUCAAGCUGGCGACGUGAGAGUGCCGAUCAAGUUUUCAGGGCAGAGCACUACGGUUGUACAGGGGAAAGUUUCGGGUUUCUUGUGAUCCACGUGUUGCAUGCAAAUAGAGGGGGAAACCACUGAGAUUGAUGUACGCUUUUGGACGUCUGUGAAUACCACACUUGUAUAGCAAAGUUGUGAUCGCGACUCGCGUUCUCGUGCAAAAGAAAGAGUCGACGUAUGUAUUGUUUGCUCCUUUUUCUACACACGAACACUUCCUAUGUUCUCCGAGAGAUUUGACUAACGUACCUUGAGAUUGACAUAGUCACCUUAAACACCUUGUUAUUGAAAGAAUAAAUGCUCCUUUUUCGUUUGCACGGAUA